AGAUACACAACCCAUGGUAGGAGACUGGUCAGCCUGGACUGAGUGUUCCCCCAACAGCGUCCAGUACCGGCACCGCAUCUGUGAUCAGGUCCAGCUGGGUCUAGACUGCAGCAAAGAUGUCAUACAGCUCCAGCACUGUACAUACAAGAUACAUGUGAUGGAGGCAAGUGUCGGUGCUAGUGUUGCCGCCAACAAAAACUACUCUCGACGAGUGGGUGGGGUAUACCUUGUUAUUGUUGCAAUCAUUGCAUUUGUCAUCGGCGGCCUGGCAUCAGUGGGACUCUUCAUGUACAUCCAGAGGUACCGGGACCAGAAACAUAAGGAUGAGGCGGAAGUAUGCUGGGUCUCCAAGAGCGAGAUAAACAUGAAACCAGUAAACACUGCAGAAUCCUCACAAAUUAGUCUGGAUUUCCAGAACUUGACGCCAUUGAUGUCACCUAAUAAUCGGUUAAGUCUGAAUACUUUUGGGUCCUUGAAAAAGGAGAAGAUGACUGUAAAUGAGGCAAGCACACUGAAACGGAAUUCCAUGUGGACCAACUUGUCUGUGAAUGAAUUAUAG